CACACUUCCAUUGACAGAUUCAGUGCUCGACAUACAAUACCUGGCUGACUACCAAGUGCCAGUCUACUCGUAGCUACAGUGCUCAGACAGAAAGUGUCGACACAGUGUACUUGCUUUAGCUGGAAUUUCCCAACUUGCCCCAUUCAACUGCUAGCUAGCUCAUGCCUGCUCCAAAAAUAAGCUCAGACCUUGCUGUUGAGCGGCUAGAACGAGGUCAAGAAUACAGGUUUGAAGUCGACUUUGAUGCCCGGAUAGAUAUCAGCCUACGUUCUGGUCAUGCAGAGAUCUUUGGUACCGAAAUCACAGUAGGCCCAACAUACAGCUUCACUGGAGCAAAAGGCGCCGUUUACUCCUGGCAAGGUUGCGAGCUUGAAAUCAAGGGCACACCCUCCGCCAGCUAUAUCUCUGAUGAGUCGCCCAUGAUGGCCUACCUGAACUGUCAUUUCGCACUGGCACGUCUUCGUGAAGAGGCAGGUCAGAGUGAAGCAGGCGGGCCUCGCGUACUAGUCAUUGGUCCAGACGAUGCUGGCAAAACGUCGCUCAUCAAGAUCCUGGCUAGCUAUGCCAUCAAACAAGGACAUCAACCUCUUCUCGUCAACCUGGAUCCGCGCGAAGGCAUGUCUACCGUGCCAGGUACCUUGUCUGCCAUGCCACUGACGAGUGUGCUUGAUGUGGUGGAUGGGUUUGGCAAUGCAACAACCACAGGCAUGACAGAGUUAGCGCCAAGAAUACCGCUCUCGUACUGUUUUGGAUCGGAUAGUCCAACCAACAACGUCAAGUACUAUAAACUGCUCAUGUCGCGCUUGGCUUCAGCAGCCGCUUCUCGAGCGACGAAAGAUGCUGCACAACGACAAGGCGGUAUGCUGAUUGACAGCAGCGGUCUCAUUGAUCAAACGAAAGGCUAUGACUUGAUCCAAGCAGCUGUGUCGGAGUUCAACGUGAAUGUCAUCAUCACGCUUGACAGCGAGCGCCUUUACUCAGACAUGUCACGCAAAUACGACGGCAAGGACGGGUUGUCCGUCUUGAAACUGCCGAAAUCCGGCGGCGUCGUUGGUCGAGAUUCGGCCUUUGUACGGGGUCAACAGCAAGCUGCCUUUCGCAAGUACUUCAAUGGUGACGCACGGCAAGCGUUGUCGCCCUUCUCCUUGUCUGUUCAAUUCUCAGAUCUCAAGUUAAAGCAGGUGGAGGAAGCUGGCGUUGGUGUGAAUCACUCUUUGCUUCCAAUUGGCGCAGAGCAGCAAACCUCUUCAAAUGCACAUGUUGCGACGUGUGAACCUAGUUCUCUCUUGCUUCAUUCAAUGAUUACCAUGGUCCAAGCUGAGUCUCAUGACUCGGCAGAGGUUGUGUCACAAAGCAGCGUGCUGUGCCACCUCGUUGUUACGGACGUGGAUGAUGCAAAACAAAAGAUGACCCUCCUUUGCCCCUUCCAAGGCCGACUUCCCAACAAGGCUCUCAUUGCAACGAGUUUCAAAUUUCUCGACUAAACAUAUGCAUUAUAUAGAAAGACACAAAAUCUACAAUUGGCCAUCGCUUCUUGAAUGCCAGAAAGGCACUUUCACCCAUCGCAAGGUCAUAGGAAGUAGUCCACUUCCUUCUUUGGCGCCUGACUCUGGAGUUGGUGCUGUGUUGGGCCAUCAUGUUCGUUCUCUGGUGCUUCUGAAAAGACGUUGAAGAAGCGUCCACCAGCUUCAUCCACCUCUAGUAUAGACGCCAUAUUUGCACAUCGAUAGCAGUAAUUG